AGGCGCUGGACCACCGCAACCUCCUCAGGGACUUCCCGCAACCGACAGACUUGACGCAAGAGCACUUAGUGCAGCUGCUGGCUGCGGCGGCGGGCAUCGCGACUUCGUCGAGUUCGGUUGAGUCCACGCAGAGGUGCCUCAAGGCUGCGCUUUUCGACUCGGGGGACAUUGCAGUCUUCAUAGACGGGGUGGACGAGAUCUGCCCUUCCUACACAAACAAACUCGUCCGACUCUUGGAGAUGUUGCUGGAGACAAAAGUGAAGCUCGUGUGGGUCUCAUCACGCCCGGAGGCUGAGCUUGUUCUCACUAAGGCGUUACAUUGCGCCACAUCGUCGCUUCGCCCGUUCUCCGAAGAGGAGCAGAAGAACCACCUCUGCGAACACUGGUCGUCUGCCGACCCACGCAACCGCCCCCCUGCGGCGUUCGAGGGCCUCGCCGCCGAGAUGGUGGCAGCCCUGCACGGCGCAGCGGGGCGCGGCCAGCGCAGCCUGCUGGACGUCCCGCUGCACGCGCAGAUGGCGGCGGAGGCGUACGCAACGCAGGCGGCGCGGGCCCUGGGCACAGGGGUCAGCCUGCUCCCGCAGUCCGGCGUCAGUCUCUACCAGCUCUACCGCCGCUUCGUGCAGAGGAAGAGGGACUUGUACGAGAGACGCUUUGGGCUGAAUGAUGCGAAUUCCGCGAAUCUACCAUCUGCAGACAAUUUUGAAGUGGUUCAUCAAAACUGCGCUAUGCUUGUACUUAAAACCGGAAUCCUAUGGUUAGGAGAAGGUGAAGAUGAAACGCCGCAUUUCCUGCAUUACACCUUCAUCGAAUACUUUGCGGCGCGUUGGCUGUUGGAUAACCAAGAGGAAGCACCCGAGGCGGUGAAGGAGAUCUGGCGUAGCCUCCUGAACCGCGAUGUGGGCGUCGGAGUGAGGCACAUCCUGGAGCACAUGCUGUCGGACGGGCUUCCGCUGCACCGGGCCGUGCUGGAGGGCAGCGAGGGCGCGCUGGAGGCUGGAGGCGACGCCGACGAGAGCGACCGCUUCGGCCGCACGGCGCUGGUGCAGGCGGCGUCGCUAGGCCGCGCCGACGCCGUGGGCUCGCUGCUCGCCAAGGGCUGCGACCCUGGGCGCGGGGACGCGCUGCUAGGCUGGACGGCGCUGCGCUACGCCAGUGCCUGCGGCCACCACGAGGCGGCGGAGCGACUGCUGCAGGCCGGCGCCGACCCCGACCACUUCGUCACUCACGUCGACGUCCGAGAUCUUGUGUUCAAAGCGGCGGAGCAGGGAUACCCAGCAAUAAUGAAGAUGAUCUUAAAGAAAAAACGAAGUUAUACAAACGCUCGAUUCGAAAGAAGGAAAACACCAAUAAUGAUAGCAGCAGAAAAUAGACACACAAAAACUGUACAGAUUUUAUUAAAGUAUGGUGCAGAUGUCACAAAAAAAGACGUUUUUAACAGACAACCCAUUCAUUUUGCAUUCAGUGGUCGACAAAUUGAGAUAACUAAGCUCCUCCUCGAAAAGAAAGCUGAUCCUAAUGCAGUAGACGAAGAGGGCGAAACUCCGCUAAUGAAGGCAGCAAGGGCGGGCGAUGCUCCAUUCACGGAGCUGCUCUUAGAACACGGCGCCGACGUCAGUCGAAGAGACGAGAACCACUGGACAGCGCUCCAUUACGCUUGUAAGUGGCGUCAUUACCAUAUUACGAAGAUUCUCCUGGAAAGCAAAGCUGGUGCGAAUGCAGAAAGCAAAAGGGGCAAAAUUCCGCUAAUGAUAGCAGUAUGGGAGGGUGAUGCGCAAUCCACGGAGCUGCUCUUAGAACACGGCGCCGACGUCAGUCAAAGAGACGAGAACCUCUGGACUGCGCUCCAUUAUGCCACUAGAAGCGGUCAUCACCAGAUUAUGAAGCUCCUUCUCGAAAACAAAGCUGACCCCAAUGCAGUAGACAAAUGGAGAAAAACUCCGCUAAUGGUCGCAGCAAGAGAUGGUGAUGCCCAAUCAACAGAGCUGCUGUUAGAACAUGGCGCCGACGUCAGUCAAAGAGACGAGAACCACUGGACAGCUCUACAUUACGCCACUAGAAGCGGUCAUCGCCAGAUUACGAAGCUCCUCCUCGAAAACAAAGCCGAUCCUAAUGCAGUAGACAAAAAGGGCAAAACUCCGCUAAUGAAGGCAGCAAGCGAGGUAGAUGACCAAUCCACAGAGCUCCUCUUAGAACAUGGCGCCAACAUCAGUCCAAGGAAUAAACGCAACAGCACUGAUCUGCAGCGACGUGACUGCAUAUGUUUGUAGCAGCACAAUUCGACUAAUAGCAGUUCUUCUUCCAAAGUGAUAUGUUUUAAUAUUUUUUUUUUAUUUAUGCAGACAAUAUGCCCCACGUUCGGCAAUGCAUUUUGAAAUGUUUUCAAUCACACCUAUUUUUAUAUCGGCAUUCAAUGUAAAAUGAGGACGCUGAGCAAGCCCUUUUCUGAAGAUAUUUCUUACUUAUGUUUCAAAAUGUAUUCAAACACUGAACGAUUUCAUUUGUAUUAUAAUUUUUAUGAACUCCCUACUCCAAAAUUCUUAUAUGGUCGUGUAAUGCUUACAUGGGUCGACGUCCCAACCCAAAUGAACUGAGUCUUCUCUGAAAACUUAUUUUAUUAAAAAUAAAAUGGUUUGCGGCGUAUUACUAUUAAAUGAACCAGCUCUCUUUUUGCGAUAACAUAUUUACAUCGUUUAUUGAUUCAACAUUAAUUUAAUCAAAGUUUAUUCUUUUACUUUACAAUUUUUCUUUGGCAAUAGCUUGUAGUGGCAUGCUAGUUAAUUGAAAUAUUAUUUUAUUUGACCUACCAGAGUAUUUAAAUGUUUAUUUGAUCUUAUCUUUGCAAAGACUUAUGCAAUUUAUUUCUGCGACGCUAAUGAUUCGUAAAGAUGUUCAAGCUGCAAUGAAGUGACAUCCACGAAGUCUUGAAUUUCACCGCAAAUCUUCGGUUGUGUCAUGUUAAGAGUAUAAUCCGAAUAAGGACUUCUCGAAAUAGUGACAAAUUUUUUAAAUAAAUAUAAUUGAUGUCCUAAACCUAAUAAUAAUAUAACCCAAAAUAUUUACACUAAAUCACUUCCCUAAUAUCUCGAAUGGACAUUUCUAUUUCCUCCUUUCCUCACAAUCGCGUUGAGUAAAUGUUCUUGCAACAUUAACUAUUUGAAAUCCUAAAAAUUAUACCUCCAGUAUUUAAAUAUUCUACACCAGUGUCUCCUACGAAACAAAUAACUUCUACAAAUGCUCGCUAACAUGUCUGAAUAGCUUCUGCCAAAAUUAAGGUCUUGAUGAAAAAUAUUACCUCAGUUUUCACUUGCCUUAUAUAUUUUUAAAGCCAAUUUUGCAUUGGCUUUAACCUGUCUGCCGACAGUCACCUUUUCCGUCUCUACGCCUACCCCGGCACUGAAACGUAUCUCUACUGGUUGUCCAUGCCUUUCUCAUUCAAAUAUAUGACGCUACCUAAAUAAAAAUGUAUACAUUAAAAACAAUGACUAUUUACUUCGUAAUAACAAUAUCUAAUGUCAAAUAUUCAUUGUAUAUUUCAACCUCUAACAUUACUAGUGGCGAAGCUAGUCAUGUUGUUAGGAAUUC